UUCCUAAUCCAAAGUGUUACUCGUGCUGCUGUAUAGAAACCUGCGGGCAUUUGGAAACGGGAGGAGCACACAUAAAUGAUAUGUGUGCACGCACGACCAGGCGAUUAAAUGACCAAUCCUUGGACAGUAGCAUCCAUCCCCCGCUUCUUCUUCACCCGCUCCGCCAUCCUCCGCCGUCAACCUUCACCGUGUUCCGGCGUGGCCACCAUGAGCGCCGCCGGAGAAAAGAACUUCAGUUCGGACGCUGCCCAUUUGGAAACAAUUUUCAAGCAGAAAAAGGCCCUCCGUUCUGUUGUUAAAAGAGAUCUCAAGUCCAUGGAUCCCAUCCUUAGAUCCCAAGAAGAUGAAGCAAUACAAAGGAUUGUAAUGGAAGCUCCAUGGUUUAAGGCUUGCAAGAGAUUGUGUGCUUACAUAAGCUCUAGUGCUUUGCGAGAAGUAGAUACAACCCAAAUAAUGUCUCAUUUUCUCGGAAGCCAUCCAGAGGAUUUGCAGAUGCAAAAGAAGCUUUUUGUUCCAAGAGUGGAGGAUAGGAACAGAAACAUGCGAAUGCUUCACAUCUCAAGCACUGAUGAUUUGAUUGCAAAUUCAAUGGACAUUCUGGAACCAGCUCCAGUAGAUGCUGAUGGAAAUGAACGUGAAGAUGUUUUGUUCGCAAAUGAGCCUGUUGAUUUGUUUCUUUUACCUGGACUUGCAUUUGAUAAAGCUGGAAGACGGUUGGGCCGCGGUGGAGGUUACUACGACACCUUUUUGUCAAGAUAUCAAGAGCUUGCAAUGGAACGGAAUUGGAAGCAACCUCUCAAAAUUGCACUUUGUUAUUCAGUGCAGAUAGUGGAUGAGGGUACUAUACCACUAACUCCAAAUGAUAUUCUUGUGGACGCACUUGUAUCACCUUCCGGUGUGAUUCCUAUUAGUCCAGCUGCGCUGGAGAUACGCCAUUGAAAAGAUGCUCUUUUAAACAUGAAAGCCUCAGGAGAAUCCCCAGUCACAGCAUCAUCGAAGAGGUGGGGAAGGAAUCACACCUUAGUGAAUUCUGAUCCAGAGAGGUUUUACCCCUACCCUAUAAAGGCAGAGAGGCUGUUUUCGAUUAGUGAAUUCUGAUCCAAGCAUAUAAUACUACUGCGGUCAUGGGCAAGGAUAAUGGCUUGUUCUAUUUUCUUGAGAAAUGGCAUCUGGAGGAAGAGGUUAUUAUUAUGAAAUGAUCUGUUGUUGUAGGUUUGGUAGCCAUGUAUAUAAAUUGAUUUGAACCAUUUAUUUGUGGUAGCAUAUAUGAAUUACCAUUAUCCCUUAUCUCUAGGGUAGGCAGCAAGGGGUACAACCCUGUAUCAGAGUUCUCCAAAAUGGGAUAAUGAAUACAUGUCAUAUUAGAGACUUGUAGGGGUGGCAAAUGGACGGUUAGGGCUGAAUUUGGGCGGAUCAAAAUGGGUUGUCAUUGCCAACCCACCUAUUGAUAGUCGGACGUGGUUGACAAUCUCAUUCAGAUCAUACUCAAUAUUAUGCAAUACCAAGGAAACGAGACUCGUGUUAAUA